AUGGACUUAACCACAACAUGGAAUUUGAGAGCCUCUGCAGUUUCAUUGUCACCAAUCAUCACUAGGAGAAGUAGAACCCACUUGCAGCGCCCUUCUCUCUCACCUCCUCCUAAGCUCUCUUGCCAAUUCUGGGCUUACCCAUUUCCCUUUAUUCCAAACAAGUUCCCUGCACUUCACGCCCGCAAUCGAAACUCAGAGCCUGAGCCACUUCUCAAACCAACCAUUAUCGAAGAAGUUUCAGAGGACGACGAAGACGACGACGACGUUAUCUUGGAUGACUUCGAAGAAGAUGAGGUAUCAAUGGAUGAUGAGGAUGAUGAUUACUACGAAGAAGAGUCUGCUGAACUCUAUGCUGGAGAUGGAGGCGGAGGAGGUGGAAUUUCUCUUGCUGGGGUAUGGUGGGAUAACAAAGCAUUAGAAAUAGCUGAAGAAGUUAUUCUGUCCUUUGAUGGUGACCUGAAAAUAUACGCGUUUAAAACGUUGCCAAAUUUCACCAUCCAAGUGCGCAUUGAGAAGCUUUCGAAUAGAUCUGGCUCCCCAAGUAUGGAAGACAUUGAAGCUUUUUCAAGAACCUAUAGAGCACGACUAGAUGAAGCAGAGCUUGCUAAAUCACUUCCUGAGAAUUUAUCUCUGGAGGUGUCAUCUCCAGGUGUUGAAAGGAUAGUUCGGGUUCCACAUGAGUUGGAUCGGUUCAAAGAUCGACCUAUGUAUGUGAAAUAUUUCAGUGAGACAGCUGAAACUGGCGUAAUUUCAGAAAAUGAUGGUGUUUUCAGGCUUGUUUCUUUUGAUGUGGAAACAAAGUGUUGCGUUUGGGGUUUAGCAGACGUGAGGAUUAAUAGAGAAAAAGCAGGAAAAGGGAGACCACUUAGCAAAAAGCAGCGGCAGUGGCAAUUGAACACACCCUUUGAUUCGUUACGUUUAGUUCGGUUGUAUUCUGAAAUUUGA